AUGUCGCAGGAACUUGAUGAUACGCGCUCUGUGCCCGAUAGCCUGCCAGACGAAUCGGCCAGUGCCCCUGCUAAGCAGUCAUACCGUUCUUUCAAGAAGAAGUAUGCAAAGCUCAAGGUCAAGUUUGAACUGGGGAUGAGAGAAAGCGAAGCUCUGAUUCGGGAAGAAUUGCGCAUCGAAGAUCUGUCAAAGAGAAUCCAGGAACAGAACGAUCAGUUGCUAGAAGUCCUUCUCGAGUUCAACGAGAGUCUACACGUCCAAGGCAGUCUGCGAUACAAUCUGAGUGCCCCGGGAGACACAUCCUUCCUGCCGACUCCUGAACGCUCUCCCGCGCACCUCACCUCCGCGACAGCCAGAGCCAUUCUUCAAGAUGCGAAAGCACAAAUGGGGGCCGGCAGCAUGUCAGUCGGAGCCUACCGCAGACUGGAAGAUGAUGUGAAACGAAGCAAUGCAUUGCCGCCGCAAUUGAGUUAUACUACUCUGACUCAGGUUCCUCAUACGGCGCCACCAUCCGAGGCGCAAGAUUUGCCUACGAAUGUCAGCCUGGAGGAGAAACUCGGUUUCUUGACUCCUGAACAUGAGACUGAGUAUUACCUGGGCAUGGACGCCAAGCUGGGUGACGAGGGGGCAGCUGUUCAGUUGAGUCGCAUCCCUGAGAAGCCUUCGCUUGCCGAGCGGGAGAGAGAAUCUACGUUACGAAACCCAGUCUCCGUAUACAACUGGCUCCGCCGAAACCAACCCCAUAUUUUCCUCCAGGACAAUGAAAAUGCUUCUGAGAAGUCGGGUUCUCGGCCCUCCAACUUGCGGGUCUCGAAGCGAAUGUCUACCCAACCACGGAAGGAGGAGGAUACAUACGAUGAAGACGGCGUUCCAAUGGACACCGGACCAGUUCCCAGUAGCUCCAAGAGCAAGCGCAAGCGCGACGAUGACUCGGGCUACCGACCAAAGGGUGGUAGCAGCCGUCCAAGCAAGAAGAAGAAGGAGGACAACAACUCCAGCACAAAGCGCCCGGCAAAAAGGCCAUCCGGCGUAGGUGCUUGA